AUCUAACAUUUUAUUGGGCGCUCGGUGACAUUUGUAGUAAAAAGAUGUAAAACAAGUUGGUGUUUAGCUUUUCUUUCAGCCUGAUAAAAGGUGAAAAUAUGUUUAGGGAAACCGUUGAAUGUUUUUAGCUGUAGAGUCGAGACGGGGUCACGUUGCUGUUUCCUGAACCAAUUUCCUGACUUAAGAAGGUUGCAAUAAUAAACUUUUAAAGCUGCUGUGUGGUUUGUUCUUUCUCGUGAAUGACAAGGAGAGACGUUUGGAUGCGAGCUGCUCAUUUUAAGACGUUAAACAUGCUAUAAAUGAGUAUAUAUCGUCAGUAAUAUGUUAAAAAACCGACCAAAGAUGACAGAACCGACUCGGUUUGUGAGAUUUUUUGACGGCAUUGUCAGUGCAGCGCCACACCCUCCGAACUUUAUCAGACAGAGCUGAAAGUUUCCAUCAAAGCAGAUCUUCUCAUCUCCUCAGCUUGCACAAAUUAAACUGACUGAUUUCAUGUUCAAAGUUCACCAAACCCACAGAAGAAACGGGAACUAGUUCAUUUAACCAUCAGCGUUUCAGAAGAAUAAAAAGAACCACAAAAACCUUAAUGUCAAUGAUCACAUCAUGGGUCAGUUUGCAUGACCAGAACAUCAUCACAUGGCGGAUUUGGACUCUGGUUUCUAGAAGCUUGCAUACAGGACCUUGGAAAAGUAAUCACACCCCUGAAACCUGCUGCGAUUUCAUGACACAGACCAACAUGGUGCACAUUUGUGAUGUGAAAGUAAAAGGAAACCUGCUAAAUAUUUUUUCUAUGUUCUGAAACUUUUUGACGGUGUGUUAAACAACAAGUGUCCUAAAUAUAUGACAGGAAUGUGGGCCUGAGUGCACGGUACCUAAAUAAUUAGAGAUCUGGAUUCUGCUUCGCAGCGCGUCAGACUGCUGUCAUCUAGGAAGACUUGGUGUGAAGAAAGUUGCUCUGAUUUGAGCUUCCUCUAUUCAUCCGUGGUUUAUCACUGCUGAAGAAAACAGGAAGUGAAGCAGAAGGAAGUUCAGUGAAAUCUCUUUCUCUGUUUGCUUCGGGUCUGUCGUAAGCCAGCGCCAGCAAGGAGAACCAGAAUCUUUGACCUGUCCUGGUCACAUGUGUUUUAACACGGCAGAACCCAGAAUUUAACUAAAAACAAACAUAAUCAGCAGAAUUUUACUAUGCAUUUACUCCAACCUUUUAUCUUGAAUUAUUAUUUUUUGUAAUAAAAAAACAUAAAAAAUGGAAAAUUAGGCCUUUCUGUUUUCUUCCUUGUCCUUCUUUGUCUCCUUUCUUCUUUAUAAACUAUCACCUUUUCUUUUGUAUUCUACUUCUAUCCCAAGCUUUUUCCUCCUCAGUAACUUUAUUCCUAUUUUUUUUCCAUCUUUAUUUUCUUGUACUUCCAUCCUCAUCCUUCCUUGCAAUGUUCCCUUUCUUUCCUUCCUUAUGUCCUUAUUUACUUCCAUCCUCCCCUCCUUUCUUUCUGUUUUUCCAGGUUUCGUAUUUAAAUCCCAGCCACUGCAGAAAUAUCGGCCAUAAAUUUGUGGUGAACUUUAGUAUUUUAUGUUUUAACAUGAGUGUAAAGAAUUGAAAAGUCUGUAAUUUUAAUGAUAAAGAUGCAGGAACAGAUUCCCAAACUGUUUUGUCAACAGGUUCCUAGUUAUAUCUCAGUUUCUGUCUGUUUGCAAACCUGAAUCUUGCUCCUGCGGUCUGAACCCAGUAAAAAAUGUCCUUUUCUAUCUCAGGUGAACUGAGCCUCCUACCAGUCCAGCCUCCGUCAUGUCUCCACCUGAUGGUGCACACUGACGGAUUCCCCGACACUUAGCAGCAGAAGAGGGCUGGAAAUGAGCACACCGCAGUGGCCGAACAAUUCCAGGAGGCGGCGCUGCUGAGACGGGAUUGGUCGGUGGUGAUCGAGCUUCUGCCGCCACCGCCAUGGAUGAGUUCUCCACCAGGACGUACGGCACCAGCGGCCUCGAUAACAGACCUCUGUUCGGCGAGACGUCAGCCCGGGAUCGGAUCAUCAACAUGGUCAUGGGAGGCUUUACGUCUGUGGUUGUUCUGGUGACGGUGAUCGGCUCGUUUGUGUUCCCCUCGAUGCCGCCGCGGCCAGUCAACAUCUUCUUCGCGGUGUGCAUCCUGCUGGCAUGUGGCUCGACGGUAGUGCUGAUAUUCUGGUACCGACAGGGCGACCUGGAGCCCAAAUUCCGGAAGCUGAUCUACUACAUGCUGGCUACCAUCGUGCUGCUGUGUUUAUGUGCCAACCUUUACUUCUUUGACGUUAGGUAGGAAGAGGGGACAACGCGGCUUCAACUGACAAGAUGGAGGUCCAACGUGGACAACCGGACCGAUACGUGACCAACAACACACUAAUUUACACAGAGAGGCUUGCUGGGACCAAAACACAGAGAUUUAGAACUUCCAGUGAGUGGAAUAAUGUAAACACACUGAGGUCACAGUGUGGGAAACACAAAGUCCUGAAAGAGGCCAUAAAUCAGCCUAGAGGAGGAAGUUCACACAAACAGGCUGGUUUACAUGCAAAUAAACAAUAAUCAUGAGCGCUGCCGCAUUCUGAUGCUCCUGUGAGGAUCCAUGAGGAAGAAAAUGAACAGUUAGAGGAAAAACCUGCCCUUUCAUCCAGCUACAUCCAUGUUUCUGUGAUUAUUUAUGUUUUAGACAGGCUGAUUCAGCUGAAGGCCAGUCAUCCAGACUGGAUUAUCUCCACUUAGGGAGGAGAAGAACAUUAUCUCCUUCCUCUAAGGCAUGGAAAUAAAGGAUCUGGACUGGGAUGAGCCUCCACCGGGGGCGCCAGAGGGUCAAAGUGAUAUGAAGCAUACUGAAUAAAGUCAUUUAUUUUUGUCUAAAAUGUGGUAAAGAAUUGAAGUUUAACAUUGGAUUAGGUUUUACUGCAGUAAGUUGAGAAAUGUAACCGAUUUAGAGGAAACGCACCUCAUGUUCCGCUUUAAGGGGGUCUGUAGUACGAACCAGGAUUGGUUUCCUAACUGGGUGACUUCAGGGUCACAAAGAUGCUUCAGCCUUUGUUUGGGUUGAGCUAAAACUGGAAACCUAAGACAUCUGAUCAGCUGCCUGCCCUCCUGUAUGUUCAGGAUGCUGAAUGCUUAAAAUAGGGGGUGACUCUAAAUUUAGCAUUAAAUUACGUGAAAUCAGACAUUUUCUUCUAUAUUUUCAAUUCAAAAAUACUUUAUACUAUUAUAUUAUUUUAUACCCCGUUUCAGUGGUGGUGCAUUUAGGGGAGGCUCUAUGGUCAGGAAAUCUCAUGUUUGUCUGUACAUCAAAGCUUCUUUUAGUUCACUGGUUUUAAAAGAGGUGGAUUUUUCCUUUAAACUGGAAUCAAGUGAACCAGGAGGAAGGCUGCGGACACGUCAGUACAGUAGUUUGGACCAAGUAAACGGCACAUGCGCCACAUCGGGUCUGUGGCCCCAAAACAAGCUGGCUUGUAGCUAUGUUUCUGCUUUUUUAGAUGCAUUUCCUUUUUGUUCUUCCAGUCUAGACCGAUCGAAGACGCUUCCACCUACCGUCAGCCAUUGAAAUAAAAUUUUACACAGGACUGUCUGCCACUGGAACAGAUUUACACUAUUAAUCCUGCUGGUUUUAAAUCUGAGCUGGACUCGUAGCUUCCUUAAAUCCACACUGAUGUUUCAGUGGAAAGAAUAGAACAGACUCGGGUGUCAUUCUGCCUGUUAUGCUUAGAGACAAAAUGUCACAUUUAAAAAGCUGCAGUUCGUGGUGACGGAUUUCUGUGACAAAUCCUUAAAGCUGCAAAAUAAAAUGAGAGGAUUAUUAAGGUUGUUACAUUCCUUUUACAAACUGAAAUCAUUAAAAAGGUUCAGGAUGCAGCAGUUUGCUAUUUUCUCCCCCAUUUUGUCACAUUAUAACACACUUGAAUGUAUUUUAUUGUAAUUUUAUAAGGCAGACCAACACAUUAGUGCAUAUUCAUACAGAAGAUGAAACAUGGCUUUAGAAAUAAAAAUCUGAACAUUU